UCGAUGGUUUUCCCAUCUCUACAUCUCAGCUGUAGCGUCUGCACGUGUUUCUAUUUACUUCUGAAAUUUUAUUAAAAACUACUUAAAAUGUAUCUAAUGUAUACAAUUAACGAAAACGGCGAUCGCGUUUACACGCUGAAGAAACGCACUGAGGACGGCCGACCGACUUUAUCUGCGCAUCCAGCUCGUUUCUCGCCUGAGGAUAAGUACUCGCGUCAACGAAUUACCAUCAAGAAGCGUUUUGGCCUUUUGCUCACGCAGAAACCUGAGCCCAUCUAUUAAAUUCAAUCACCAAGAUUUUCACACAAUAGGUUAAUAAAUAUAUUUACAAAAAUAAAAUACUAACUUAAAUGCGUCGCUUUAA